AUGACAAAUACAAGAAGUAUAAUCCUAAUCGGGAGUACAGGAAACGGUAAAUCAACCUUAGGUAAUGUGUUGGUUAAUAAAAAUGGUAAAUUUGAAGAAGUUUUUCCAGAGAGUGGUUCGGCUAUUAGUCAAACUCGAUGUAUAUCUGAGGCAGCUCACAAAGUUCGGGAUGGUUUAAGUCAAAUAUUAUUUGUCACUAGCGGUCGUUUUACUAAAAAAGAAAUAUUUGCUUAUGACAUGCUGAGGAAAUAUAUUUUUGAUACUGAUAUUGUAAACUAUACUACGAUCGUUCGCACUAAUUUUCCUAAUUUUCGUAAUGCUAGCAAAUGUGAAGAAGACAAGGAAUUAAUGAGGAGGGAAAAUGGGGAACUUGCUGAGAUAAUAAAUUCUUGCGGAAAUAGGGUUAUUCAUGUCGACAAUCCUUCUGUAAAUAUUGAUGAUGAACGAAGAUUAGUUUUUAAUAGAGAAGAUAGAGAAAAUUCGAGAACCAAACUACUAUCUCAUUUAGCACAAUUUCAAAUAGUUUAUAAGCCAGCAAAUUUAGAUUACUUGAAUUCUAAGAUUGGUAAUUACAUGACUGACAUAGAAAGGUUACAAAGCGAUUUAAACAAUGUAAGAAAUUUAAGUGACGAGAAAAAAAGACAAAUGCAAAGAACGAUAAAUGAACUUCAAGAAAAAGUUGCUCAACAAGCUAGAAUGGGUACUUUUCAAGUAAUAGGAAAGAUUGUUGAUGAUUCUUGUCGUAUUGUUUCUGGAAGUUCUAGGGAUGAUAAUCAACAACUUAAAAGACAAACGAAGAAAGCAAAAGUUAAAUUAAGACUUUUAGAUCCUAAUCCCGAUAUUGGAGACUCUGGAAAAAAAGAAGUUCUGCUAGAAAUCGAAAAUGACGAGAAAGCGAUUUUUAAUUUAAAAGUUGAAAAGUUCAAAGAUUAUGAACAUGGAGGAGAAAAAAUUGAACUAAAAUUAGGACUUAAAGAAAAUGCGAGUGGGGAUAGGACUUGGAAUUUUUUAGGAGGAAAGAGCAAGAAUGGUGAUUAUGUUUUUGCAAUGGAAAUUUAUGAAAAUGCAAAUCCCUUAGAAAAAAGUAAAUAUGAAGUUUGCCGCGAAAUAUUGAUCUAUCAGAAAAAGAACAAAAUUUCUGAUGAAAAAUUAGCUCAACAAAUGGAAUUAACUUUGGCCGAAACUGAAGAUAUUUUGUAUUAUCGGAUUGCUCACUUCACUUUGGACAGGCUAUUAACUUAUGCUAAUAAAUUAUUCAAAUUAGAACCGCUAAUGUUAGGAAUAGUUAAAAGCAAAGAAAGAGAAGAAAUUCUUAAGCACUAA